AUGUCAGACGACGAAUGGAUCGAAGUUAAAGAAAAUUCUGAUAGUGGCAAAAGAAAGAAAAAAGAAAAUAAAGAAAAGAGUAAUAAAAAAAAUAAAAGUGAAAAUGAUAAAAGUAAUAAUUUUCAAGAAAACCCAAAAGAUGAAGUAAAAAGAGAUGAUUGGAUGUCAUUACCAAUCAACAAUGGUGGUGCUGGUAGCGAUAAGUUUGAAAGCGAGUCAUGGUUACAACAAUUUAAUAAGAAUCAAGAUAAACAAAGCGAGAGAGAUAAAAAGAGAGAAAGGGAUGAAGAAUUGACCCGAAUUUUAUCAAAGACAUCUGGUUUAGUUAAAUCAUUGGAUAUCUUAAGAGAUAAUUUAGAAGGAGGAGAUAAAAAUAGUAAUAAUCAAACAUCAUCUUCAUCAUCAUCAUCAUCAUCAUCAUCCUCUACCAAUGAUGCUAAACCUUCAUAUUUUGUUGGAGAUGGUGGGGCCUCUUGGAGAGCAAAGAAAUUGUUACGUUCAAAACAACAAGCAAUCGAAACAGAUACUGAUUUAAAUAAGGUAUUAAAUGAAAGAUUCGAUCAAUCAGAGAUAAAUAAAAUAGAAUCAUCAUCAUCAUCUUCUUCAAAAUAUCCAUAUCAUACAGGAAGUCAUCGUCAUAGAUCAAAAGAACCAACAAAAGAUUAUCUCUUAAAUGAUGACAAAACUGAUGACAUUUCACAACAAAUGAAAAAACCAAAUCAAUUCUCUCAAUUAAAAUGGGGAAAAUCUUCUUCGUCAUCUGAAAGAGAUAGAGAUAGAGACAGAGAUAGAGACUAUAGAGACAGAGACAGAGAUAGAGACUAUAGAGACAGAGACUAUAGAGACAGAGAUAGAGACAGAGACAGAGAUAGAGACUAUAGAGAUAGAGAUAGAGACAGAGAUAGAGAUAGAGACAGAGAUAGGGAUAGAGAUAGAGGCAGAGACAGAGAUAGAGACUAUGAAGAUAGGAAUAGAAGUAGAGAUAAUGAAGAUAGUGGUAGAAAUGAUAAAGAUAGUGGUAAUUAUGAUAAUAGAACUCAUUAUGAUAAAGAAAGUGAAAAUUUUAAAAGAAAUGAAGGAUUCAUUACCGAAAAGCACAAGAAUGAAGCAAAGAGAGAUGAAAAAAGGUAUGAGGUUGUAAGAACUGAGCAACCAAGGCUUGAAGAUUAUGUCAAAAAAGAAAUAAAGCCAAAUGAAUCAAAUGAAUCACAUGAAUUAAAUAAUACAAUUAUAUCACCUGCAACAGCAGCAGCAACAACAACAACAACAACAACUUUACCAACAACUUCUUCAACUUUACCAACAACAACAACAACAACAACAACAACAACAACAACAACAACAACAGCAACAACAACAGCAAUUAAAAAACCAAUGAACUUAAAUAAAUUAUCGGGUGAAUUAAUGAAAGCAAAAAUGAUUGGAGAUAAAGAAAAAAUUGAAAAAAUUGAAAGCCAAAUUAAGCAAUUAAAAGAAUCAACAUCAGCAUCCACAACAACAACCACCACCAAUUCAACAAUAGUAGAAUCAACAAACAACAAUACUAUUGAUAAUUCAUCAAAAAUAAAAUUAUCAGGUUUAGAUCAAUUUGGUAGAAAGAUAUUUUUAAAUGAAAAGAAUAAUAUAUCCAGUACAACAACAUCGAAUAGAGAAAAGGAAGAACAAGAGAAAUUGAAAUCAAUGGAUCCAAAGAUUAGAGAAAGAUUUGAUUUAAAAAAAGGAGAACAAGAACAAAACCAAUACUAUAGUGAUGAUAAACAUUAUGAUUUGGAAACAUUGGUAUCAAUGGAAAAGAAACAAUCACGAACAUUUGAGAGUAGUAGAGAUAUGGAUUAUGAUUUCUUAAAGACAAUAUCGAAAUCAAAUGCAUGGACAAAGGAUGAUCGUGAAGAUUUUGGUCCUGAAUUUGAUAAGUCAAAUCAAAAACAACCAUCAGAAAAGAAGAGAAAAGAGGCACAAGGGAAAGAUAUUCAAAGAUUCAAAGAAAAAGCCAUUGAAUCUGAUCGCCGUGUUUCUAUGAUUUUAGAUAAAUGUUGGUAUUGUCAAUCCAAUGUAAUAAAAGAGAUGGUGAUUGCAACUGGAACAUCUUGUUAUUUACAACUACCAAGUAGAGGUCAAUUAGCAAGUGGUCAUUGUCAAAUUAUACCAAUUGCUCAUACAAUUUCUUGUGUAGAAACUGAUGAAGACACUUGGGAUGAAAUUCAAAACUUUAAGAAAUGUUUAAUUCAAAUGUUUGCAAAACAAGAUCGUUAUCCAAUCUUUAUUGAAACCGCUAUGAAAUUUAAACAACAACGCCACACCAUCAUCGAUUGUAUUCCUUUAACCUACGAUAACUUUACAACUGCUCCAGCUUACUUUAAAAAAUCCUUAAUCGAAAGUGAAAGUGAAUGGGCACCUCAUAAACUAAUCGAUACAAUAAAGAAAGGUGGACUUAAAAAUUCAAUCCCAAAAGGAUUUCCUUAUCUUUGGGUUGAAUUUGGUUAUAAACAAAUUGGCUAUCUUCAUCCAAUCGAUAAGGAAUCCGAAUUUCCACAUGACUUUGCUAAAACGGUUGUAAUGGGAAUUUUAGAAUUAAAUUUAGAUGAUAUUCAUAAUAAAAGAAGAUCAAAAUCUGAUGAAAGUUAUUUAAUUAAAAAUUUUAAACAAAAUUUUGAUCCGUUUGAUUGGACUAAACAAUUAUAUGAUUAA